CUGUUCUAUAAACUGUAGUCCGUACCGUAACUGGUUGGAAGUUACUAGAGCAUCAGUAUUUUGUAUUAUAAUUAAUGUAUAAAAAUGUUUAAAUAAAAACAUUUGGGAUACCAAUAGUCUAUCAAAUGAGGGCAUAGAUCAGUAUCACAGUUGUAGAUAUUUCUACCACCGUGGCGCCCGUGGUAAAAUACAAAACUACAAGCCUGAUAGUGUUAUCGUAGCCAUUCCGUUUCAACAUAAUAAACAAAAUUUUAGUACGUGUUGCUAACUUGCUAUUAUAUAUUCUUAAUGCAUUACAUCAUAGUUCAAAACAACUGAAUAGUUUUCUUUACUUGGAGUACUGUCAAUCAAAUAUUUUUAUUUGUGAUUGAGUUAAUAGAAAUUAAAAAUGUGGAGCAAAGAAAAGAAUGCCAAACCUGAAAUGAGUAUUAAGCACAGAGAUCACUUGUACAGACUCAUCAUAAGUCAACUCAUUUAUGAUGGCCAUUCCACAAUUGCUGCAACCUUAGCUGCCCAAGUAAAAGCUGUUCCACCUUGUUGUCCGUCCAGUCGACUGUUGAAUCUUGUGACAAUAGGUUUACAACACGAAUCCGAUGGACAAAAAGAAUCAGAAGAAGCAUCAAACUUAAACCCAAUUAAGGAAAUGUUAAUUGGACAAGGCAUUGACUUGGAAUUUGAUACCAAUGUUAUUUGCACCGCUCCUGAACCGUCGCUCUAUGACACUGUCUACGUUACAUCCCACAAAGAAGCCUGCAGAGCUGGUGCAUUUAGUCCUAAUGGACAGUUAAUUGCAACAGGCAGCAGUGAUUCAUCAAUCAAAAUUUUGGAUGUUGAAAGAAUGCUGGCUAAAGCAAAUGAUAACGCUUUUACUGAUAAUCAAGAAGGACAGGGACAUCCGGUAAUUCGCACUCUGUAUGAUCAUUUGGAAGAAGUGACGUGCCUGGAGUUCCACCCUAACAAGCCAAUUUUAGCUUCAGGCUCUCGGGAUUGUAAUUUCAAACUUUUUGAUUAUUCAAAAUCAUCUGUGAAGAAAGCGUUCAAGACAAUAAGCGAUGUCGAACCUAUAACAUGUAUAAGUUUCCACCCACUAGGAGACUUUAUGGUGAUGGGCACCAAUAGUCCAGUCAUAAGGCUUUAUGAUGUAAAUACGGUACAAUGUUUCGUUAGUGCAAUUCCCAGUCAUCAACAUACUGGUCCUAUUACAUCAAUAAAGUUUGAACCAAAUGCCAGGUACUUUGUGUCCUCUAGUAAAGAUGGUGCUAUUAAAUUGUGGGAUGCUGUGUCUAAUAAAUGUGUUAACACAUUUGAACAAGCACACGAUGGUAGUGAAGUGUGUUCUGUGACAUUUUCAAGAAAUGGAAAGUACGUUUUAUCAUCGGGCAAAGAUUCUUUAGUGAAACUUUGGGAAUUAUCCACUAGUAGAUGUCUGAUUGUAUAUACAGGAGCUGGAACCACCGAUACACAAAAACAUCAAACACAAGCAUUGUUUAAUCAUACUGAGGAGUAUGUCAUGUUUCCUGAUGAAGCCACUACAACUUUGUGUGCAUGGAAUGCUCGGAAUGCUUCUCGACAACAGCUGUUAUCAUUAGGCCAUAACGGACCUAUUCGUUCAAUAGUGCAUUCUCCGAAUUCAGCAGCAUUUUUGACUUGUUCAGACGACUUUAGAGCUCGUUUUUGGUUUAAAAAACAAAUGAAUGGAGAGUAAAUUCAAUAUUUUUUUUCUUUUUAUUUAACAAUUAUUUAUUUAUUUAAUUUUGAAUAAACAUUUAAUGCACAUUGGUAAGAAAUGUAAUGGUGUAACAUGUAUAACUACUAUAUUCAUUGAAAUGUAAAUUUUUAUUUAAAUAAUGUUUCCUAAUUUUUAAAUAUUAUGGUGUAUGGAUUUUU